ACAUCAGCGCCAGGUGUAAUAGUGUAUUUUGUGGCGUCAGACAUCAGAUAGGACGCGCAGGGUGGAGGGGAGUGCAUAGUCGUUUAAAACACAGACCGGAUUGCUUUUUUUUCCCUUCGCCUAGCAUUGUUGCAGAUGCGUACAAGGAGGUAUCCGUUCAGACGUCCCAUGUUUAUCAUCACAAUUUCUCCUACCACCGCUGACAUGAGAAGUUUGUGCCUUUGGCUAUCCCUCGCCUAUUUGGCUGCCACAUGCCUUAACGGGGCAGGGGCGCACGAGCUCAACAACUCCGCACUUAACAGGGGUAUUUCAUCGGACACCGAACUGCUAAACAUAUCAGGUCAGAAGGUGCUUAACCGUUCCAGUUUUUUUACGCUAUACUUAGAUGACGGGACCCUCGCAGACUGGCGCUCCAUGGCUGGAAAGAAGCGCUACGGAGGAGAGUCGCAGAACGGGAAAGUGAAAGCUUUGCUGGUUUUCGCUUACUCUUUUAUAAUUGUCAUUUCACUUUUCGGGAAUACUCUUGUAUGCCAUGUGGUUUUCAAGAACAAACGCAUGCACUCCGCUACUAGCCUAUUCAUUGUUAACCUGGCAGUUGCAGACAUUCUCAUCACGCUUCUCAACACACCGUUUACCCUGGUUCGGUUCGUUAACAGCAGUUGGGUGUUUGGAAAAGGCAUGUGCCACAUCAGCCGCUUCGUGCAAUAUUGCUCCCUGCACGUGUCCACGCUGACUCUCACCGCUAUUGCGCUUGACAGGAGACAGGUGAUCCUGCACCCUCUCAGGCCCCGCAUGUCUCCAGCUCAUGGGGGCGUUUGUGUGGCUCUCAUCUGGAUUUUGGCCGUCUGCUUCUCCAUGCCUCACGCCAUCUACCAGAAACUCCUGACCUUUGUGUAUAGCAAGGAGAAAGAACAGAGCCUGUGUGUGCCAGACUUCCCAGAGCCCUCAGAUGUCUACUGGCAGUGUAUCGACCUGCUUACCUUCAUCCUCCUCUACGUCCUCCCCCUUUUAAUCAUCACUGCCGCCUACUCCACCGUGGCCCGCCGCCUGUGGCGCCGCAAUGCCAUUGGGGACACCACCACAUCCCAGUAUGCCGCCCAGAGACGAAAACGCCGCCGCACACUGGCCAUGCUGUUGGUGGUGGUGGGCGUGUUUGCCAUCUGCUGGUUCCCCCUCAACUGUUACGUUGUGCUCCUGUCCAGCCAGGCCAUUCGCUCAUCCAACGCCUUGUACUUUUGCUUUCAUUGGUUGGCUAUGAGCUCCACGUGUUACAAUCCAUUCAUUUACUGCUGCCUGAACCCAGCCUUCCGCAAGGAACUGAGGCUGUUACUGGGCAUGUGCAGGUGGAGACUGAGGGUCAGAGAGGUGGGAGUGGGACCAGAGCUGGGGGCUCUGCCUUCCUGCACGCCAUGUCAUAGGGCCGCGUGGCCGGAGAGCCAUGCAUCUUUACAACCCAACCAAGCCUCGUCCCAGAGAAGCCAUACAUCCCAACAGAACCACAUCCCUUCCCGACAGAGCCAUGCGUCCGCUAAUAAACCAAAUGCCCUCAAAGAUAGGUACCUCCUUUUCUGCAAAAGCCAUGUACAAACAGGUAAAACAGACAUUCAUUCAGUGGAACCAAUAGUGGCUGUCAGCUAAUGGCACAACAAAUCACAAAAGUCAUGGUUUGGAAACAUACCAUAUACAGUAGUUCUGAGUCACGGAUGGGAUAAUAUUUUGGUUAGCAAGAAAAGAUUUGAUAUACAGUAUAUAGUUUUGUUUUCAAUUCAAGGAUGCGGGAGGCUUUUCAAGUUCUUCCCCUCCUACACGGUAAUGGCUGUCAUUAUGCUUGUUUCUUCUUAGCUUUUUGUUAUGCAAGCAUCCCAGAUUGAGUUUCAGCGUGCCUCGUUCACGUAAAUCCAUAAAAAGCAACUGGUUGCACACUGAUCGCAACUAUUGCAAAUUCGAACUUGUCAAUCAAAUCAAUCCAGGUGGCCAUACCCAUCUGCCAGAGCAAAUAAAACAUGAGCUGGAAGAUUUGUCUGGUUAUAGAUUUGUCAGGCUAUAUUGAUUGUAGAAUUGAACCAGGAACCUCUUUGACUCUAAUAUUAAUGGGGAUCCACAUACCAGGUGGCGAUCAAGCUCAUUUUGUGAAAUCCUCAUCUUUUCUUUUAAAGGGAGCUGCUGCAGGUGCUUCUUUGAGAAGGCUCUGGGUGCCUUCAUAUGAAGGCUGAAGCUGUUAGGCCUCGGGAUGAGCGGAUUGGUAACAGAUACUCAUUAUGUGAGGAUGAGGGUGGAUGUAGGGAGCUUUUAAGUAGUGUCAGUCUGGAUAGUUUCAAAGAACGUAAUAUAAAUGGGGAGAUAAUGAGACAUCUACCACUAGAAGAGAGGCAUGUCGAAGCACAUAUGCUAGUUGUGAAUCAACUCCUGAGUGCCAGUAAUAAUGAUAGAGAGAGAAGGCCUUCAAAUGGGAGCAUCUAUUAGUGCUGAUUUAAAUCAGGCACAGUGGAAACAUUGUUUUUCAGAGUCGGUUAGAAGGUGUUACUCUUCGGUUGCAUCAAUCAACUUUAUAUUCCAGGAUCUUUUUAUAUAUGUGGUCUUUUGGAUGUUUGAGUGAUAAUGACAGAUAAUGUGUUGCUGGUGGUACAGUAUAUGUUGCAUAUUGGUUUUCCUUUCAAAAUGUGUAAUGAAGCGAAGAGUUGUUCUUCAUAUAUGUUGAGGUAGAUCUAAUUCCAAAAGUUGUUUUUGUCUGUUUCUGCUACUUAAAUGCAUGGGAGAGGGUAGUACAUAAGUGUUUUUUAAAGAUUUUUUGUGAUUUGUGAUUGUGAGGUGAUUAUACAUGAUGUUAGUUACAGGGCUCUUUUAUUACUGUGAAGUGGAUUGGAUUUGGAUAUUACCAACAGCUAUCAGAACUGAACUUUCGACGCCAGUGUCAAGAACCUUGUUUAUUAAUUAGUGAGGAGUCAGAUGGCAGAGCGGUUAGGGAACCGGG